AAAUAUCAAGUAUCUAUAAUUAACAAAUUAAAUUCAAUUCAACGUCAGACAAUGUCAAAUAUAAACAUUGAUAAACAUGUGUGAAUGUGUGUGACUAUCCACGCAUACAUACGUACCUAUCUUGUGUACAUAUACGCAUGCACACAACUACUGAUCCCCAAUAUGGCGUCUCAAAUUCUAGCUUCGGAUGACCUGUCUAGAUCUAGUAACUCAUCUAGGAACCUUGUGUAUUUCUAGUCUUCUUGGUCAGAUCCCUAUACGCAUUGAUUUAUACACACAUACAAAAUCCACAGCAUUUGUCAGUGUAUGUAGCUUCUUCUUCUCAACAUAUAUGUACGAUAUUAUUGAUAGACGAUAGUUCUAUUUUUCACGUCCAUUUUUUUAUCAUUUAUAAAUAGUCAUUUAAAGAGAUAUUUAUUUAUUAUAAUUUAUUAUUAAAUUAUAACUAAUAUAGCAGUUGAAUUAUUGUUUUGAUUAAGUGCAGUGAUCAUCAUGGCAGAUUUGAGUCUCGACGAUAUUAUAAAAAAAAAAAAACCACAAAUUGCUGGAAUGAAGAGUCGAGGCGGAAUUCGUAAGGCUGCUUCAGUACGUGGUGUAACACGUCAAAAUACAUCAUCAAGAGUACCAGGACGUAUUAUUAAACCAGUGACAGACGCAAGAUUAAAAAUAAUACAAAAAAAUCGUGAAAAAUUAACAGAUGCACGCGAUAAACUUGCUGAAAUUGCAAAACAAAGUGAUGCCCGUUUAAAAUUAGAAAAAUUACGUGCAUCAAAUGUUAACAAACAAAAUAAAAAAUUAAUUGGUAUAUCACGUAAUACAGGUAGAAAUGGUAAAUUAACAUUAUCAACAAAUAAAUUAUCAACAUUAUCACCAAUGAAUAACUAUAAAAAUUCAUUAAUCAAUCAUUAUUCACGUCAAAAACAACAAGCUCAUCAUCAUGAAUUACAGCAACACCAAUUACCAAGAAGCGUAAGUUAUCGACGUGAUCUCGAUGAUCCUCAUUACAACAGUAUGAAUGAUAUGUCAAUGGAUUACAUCAAUGAUAAUUACCUGAUGGACACUCAGCCAAUACGUAGAACAGUUGCUAAUGAUUAUUCACCAGUUUUACCACCUCCUCCACCAGUAUUUGGUGCUAAAUCAACACCUGGAUAUUUAUGGCCAAAGCAACAACAACAACAACCACAACAGCAACAGCAUCGUCAACAACCUCAACACCAACAACAAAACCAACAAUUACCCAGUAUAACAAGAAGUAUAUCAAUGAGAGAUAGUAGUCUUGACAGACCAAGACAAUUUAAAGUCAUUGCGCGUGCACCAAUGGCACAAAAAAAUGAACCAACAUAUCGUGAAAAUUGGUCAUUUGCGUCUAAAACAAGAACAAUUGUUGCUGAUGAACAUGAUGAUAAUUAUUACGAUUCAAGAUCAAAUCACAGAGAUGUUGCUGUUAAAACAAGAUUUGAUAGUAAUAUUAAGUCACGACAAAUUGGAUUAUUGGCUAGACCAAAAACUGUUAAUUCAUCAAGUGGUAUUAAUGGAUAUAGAAUUGUUGUAUCAAAUCUUCAGGCAAAUGUUACUAAAGAAGAUAUUCAAGAAUUGUUUGAAGAUGUUGGUGAAUUACUUGUAUCAACAUUAGUUAGACCAGGUACUGCUGAAGUUAUUUAUAAAACAUUAAAAGAUGCAACAAAAGCAGUUGAAACUUAUCACAAUAGGCAACUUGAUGGACAUCCAAUGAAGUGUAUGCUGGUUAAUCCAAGACCUAAAAAUAAUCCAACUGCACCAGCUGUGAGACCACUUACUGAUUCCAGAAGAUCAGGCUCUAGCUAUGUUCAACCAAGUAUUGGUGCUGUUCAUCGUGCUCUAUUUGAUGAUGGCCAUAACUAAUUUUAAUAAUAAUAAUAAUAAUAAUAAUAUUUGUAAAAAAAAUAUCAACAAUAAUCAGCAUUUAAAUUUCAUUACUGACAAGUAAUUUAAAAAUUGUAAUAAACCAAUCGAUUUUGGAUUAUUGUUCAAUAUUUUAUUUGGUAUUUCAUAAAAAAAAAUACCUAAUUAUGAUUUGAUUUAUUCUUUAAAUACAAAAAAGAAAACUAUCAACAAAAAUGAUUUUCAUUUUUUUUUUUAUGAUUAUAAUUGAUAUUGAUAUUAUUACUCAAUAAAAAAUCUUAAAAAAUACAAGUAAGUUGUUUUCUAUUUAAGUUCUUUUUAUUACUUUUAAGAAAAAAAGUUAUUGACAGCUUAGUUUUCAAAAAGAGUAAUUAUUGUUGAAUUUUUGAAAAAUAUUUUAUUAUAACUAACUAACUAU